GGAUCCGGAAUUCCAAACUGAUAAGACAAGAGCUCACAUUUAUAAAGUUUAUGUGAUAUAUUUUAGGUGUCAUAAUUAGCAUUAAAAAAGUACACUAUGAGCCACAGAGUAGGAUUUGCCUUAUUUGGGCUUGGCAAUAUGGGCUUGGCCCAUAUGAAGAAUAUUAUGCUUUCACCCAGAGCUACGGUUAACUGGAUCAUAAGAAACAAGUUAGAAGAUGCUGAGAAAUUUGUUAAAGACCACAAUCUGUCAGCUAAAUGUACUACACCAGACAAACUAGAGGCUGUUUAUAAUGAUCCAAAUGUGAAAGCAGUGUUGAUAUGUUCUCCAACAACAACACAUGAAACUAUCAUCAAAGAUUCUUUAAAUGCAAACAAGGCAGUAUUUUGUGAGAAACCAAUUACAGAUAACAUAAAAACUACAGAAGAUUGUUACAAUGUAGCAGCUUCUAAAAACAAACCAUUGUUCAAUGCUCUACACAGGAGGUUUGAUCCUGAUUUUUAUCAGGUAUACUCUCAGAUUCAAGAAAAAAAGCUUGGCAAUCUACGUUUGAUAAAAACAACAAGCAGAGAUUUAGAAGCUCCACCAAUAUCAUAUAUAAAAACAUCGGCUGGAAUUUUGAAUGAUUCAACAAUCCAUGACCUUGACCUAUCAUUAUGGUUAUCUGGGUCCAUUCCAGAGACAGUAUAUGUACAAGGGAAUGCUUUUGAUCCAGAGAUUGGUAAAUGUAAUGAUAUGGACCAAGUUAUAGUGACUAUUAAGUAUAAGAAUGGUGUGAUAGCAUGUCUGGAGAAUGGCAGAGUAUCUGGUUAUGGUUAUGACCAAAGACUUGAGGCUUUGUUUGAUAAUGGUAUGCUGAAAGUAGAAAACCCUAACACCUCCUUAUUGACUACAUGUACAGGCAAUACUACGUUAACAGGUCCUAUACAUCCACAUUUUACUACCAGAUAUACACAAGCCUAUAACAAUGAACUGGAACAUUUUCUUGAUAUAAUGGAAGGUAAAUGUGAAAUGAGAGUUACAAAAGAGGACACAAUCAAAGUAAUGAAACUAGUGAAAGCUUGUCUCAAAUCAGUACAGACUCAGGGACCAGUAGGAUUUGAUGACUAGGAAUGACAAAACCAUUUAGUAUUUUGAUUGGUUGAAAUCUGAGUCUAAAAACAAUAUCCAUAUUUUAAAAAUUGAUCUCUGAAAUCUUUUAUGAAUAUGUAAUUUUCAACAUUGAUUUUCAUUCAAGUAAGUCAACUCUAUAUAUUUUUUUUUCUAAAAAUUUCUUGAUAGCAUGUAGGUUAACAGUUUUCAUUUCUUUUGGAACACAUUUUAUAACAGGUUGUAUCAGUAUGUAUUUCUGUCUCUUUGUGUAUUUUACAUCAUAUUAUUGUAUGAAUGUGUUACAUGAAGAUGAUAUAUUUAUGAAGACUUUAUUCUCUUUUCAUUUUGGUUUAGAAAUUUUUGUACAUUCAUGUUCAUUUUCAAGUCCCAAUUUUUGCAGCAAUUAAAAUCAUUGCAUUUUUUUUUUGAUUUACAGUCCCAGCUUUAGUGGAGAUGAAAAUGUAUUAGUUUAAACAAAUUUACAUAUUUUAUUUAUGUUUUAUUGCUAUUGUUGUAUGUUACAAUAGUGUUUAUUACAGUUUAAGGAAAUGAUGAGUAUAGUUGAUGCUAUAAACAAAUGCAAAUUUUAAUUUUGAGAUAGUUUUCCAGUUUGAAUUCUUGUAUUAAUAA